AUAAUACAACAGAAGAAAGUGAAACUGAAAGCUGCUACGAGGACGUCACCCUUGCAAGAACUGCAUCCCCUUAUCUGUUCCCAUGUACGAUUAUAUACAGCAUCAUUGCUGCUGGUAUCUUGUAUCGGAUGUAUCAGUAUGUUGGAGUCAAGGUGACCCAGCGCUGGCCAAGCCACACGUCCUUGACAUCCAGUAAUCCCCAUGGUGCAGUCAGUAUGGACUGUGAGAAGGCCAACAAAGGCUUGUUUUCUGGUCUCCUGGUUGCUGUGUUCACACUCAUUGCCAUAGCAACAUUCUUUGUGUUUGAGAGCCGGCUGAAUUAUCCCCACACGGCCAUCAAGAUUUUCUUUGUUUUGGAGAUUUCACUGAUCCUCAUCACUGGCAGCUGCAUCAUGCUAGGAAUGAUUCGUUUUGUCAACCUCAAAUUCCUGGAAAAUUAUUUGUCCUUGGAUGCUGUUCUUCUGAUCAUCUCCCUUGGUGGAGCAUACAUUUAUCUCAGCUUCAUGCUCAUCUCAUCUGCUUCAAUGGUGGAGAAACAUGGAGUCAUCAGUAUCUUGUCUCUGGCUGCCAUUUGUGUGGGCAUUUUAGAAUCCACCUUGCAGGCCAUUUUUAUCCUGGAUGGACUGUGUCGACGUGCAGAAAAUGAUAUUCAAGUUGAGGCUAAACCUGGACGAGCCAUUGUUACAUUUCUGUUGGUCUGUAAUCUAGCUCUCUGGGUGGUCAGCAUGUUUGAGAUCAAGAAGACUAUGGUGGUUCCUUUUCACCUGGAGUUCUAUGGAAUCCUUCCUUGGAACAUAAUGCUGCACCUCUGUGUCCCUCUCUUCAUCUACUUUCGCUUCCACUCAGCUAUCUGUUUGUCCAAGAUUUGGUACAAUGCUUACCAAAAGGAUUAUAGCCCAGCAUAG